UUGGCCACCGUUAUUGAGCGAGUACGAACAAUAGUAGUAGACAAACUGGGAGUCGAAGAAGGAGAUGUCGAAGAAACGUCUUCAUUUGUGGAUGAUCUGAACGCCGAUUCCCUGGACCUCGUAGAACUUAUUAUGGCAUUUGAGGAGGAGUUUUCGACCGAUGAUAGUCAGGUUGAGAUUUCCGAUGAUGAUGCCGCCAACAUUCGAACAGUAGGAGAUGCAGUCACUUAUCUGGUUGAUCACGGCGUCUCCGAAAGCUAG